AUGAAUUCGCCAGAGUCGACGCAGAGUGCUCUGACGAGCGAAGAGGAGUACCCUUCUGUGCAUCUGCUACUUCUUAUCACGGGCAGUGUCGCAGCAAUCAAGACAGGGCUUCUGCUGGAUCAGCUCUCAACAGAGCGAUGCAAUAUUCGCAUUGCCGCCACAAAGGCCGCGUUUCAUUUCCUUCGUCGAGCACAGCCGUCCAAGACGGGCAUCCCGUUCCAGAGCAUCAUCGCUGACGAGCAGGAGUGGAGUGAAUGGCAGGCAAUGAAUGAUGCAGUGGUGCACAUUGAGCUGCGCCGAUGGGCGGACCUCGUCGUGAUUGCCCCACUCGACGCGAACACACUCGCCAAGGUGGCUACAGGGCUCUGCGACAACCUGGUAUCGAAUAUCAUGCGAGCAUGGGAGGUGAAACAGAAGCCGGUGAUUCUGUGCCCAGCCAUGAACACCGCCAUGUGGAUGCACCCCAUCACAGCGAAGCAGCUAGACCAGCUAGCGGAGUGGUACUGCGAGCCAGAUGCACGGAUUUGUACAUUAUGCAGUGAAGUGAUCAAGGCUAGUCUUCCGGUGGACGGGAGCUUCGCAUUGCCUGCAACAGCCACUGUGAAAGAAAGCGAGGAGGCAAACGCGAAGGAGAUCGAGCAUAGCGCGACACCGACGACAAAUGCCUCCUCCUCGUUGGCCGUGGGGGCUACCGGUGCCAUUGCUACUGCUGCUGCCGCUACUGCGCUUGGCCCUCCGCUCCCUGUGACAUUGCGUGAAUCGAUGUACCUGGUUGUGGGUCCCGUGAGCAAGAACCUAGCCUGUGGCGACAUUGGGAUGGGCGGCAUGGCCAGCGUUGAGGAGAUUGCGCUUUACAUCCGUCACACCAUGAAGCUGAUUCGAGAGGAAAAGCGGCGUCACUUUCAAGAGGCGCGGGUGCGGCGCGCGGCGGAAGCCCCAAGCGCUAAGUCUCUGCAGCACCCUCCUCACGAGAUGCACCAGCCAGAGAUGCGGCUUCUCCCUGCGGCACCUGUGCUUGUAACACCAGACACCGUGUUGAAUGGACCGCAGUCGCAGGGGGAUAUGAAGCUGCCAGGCACCGGCGAAGCAGUCCAAGGUAAGGGCCCAGCGGAGAAGACCAGUGCCUAG